UCGACUUUUAAUCUCCCUGAGCGCUGUCCGCCUUACCCACCGCUUUCAAGACCGCUCACGUGUGCCUCGCCCAGAACGGCCAGGGAUUGCGGGCAGCGAAGACCGCCGCAGCAUAAGGCCGGCAGGAAGCAGUUCGACUUUCGUUCCGCUGAUGGGGAAGGAAUCACUCAGGGCCUCCUGAUAUUUAAUUCUCUUCAGUUCCUCAUAGGUUCCCGCACCUUCAAUAUGAGCGUCAUUCUUUGCACUGCCGGAUAUGACCACACCAUUCGUUUUUGGGAAGCUCUGUCUGGAAUAUGCUCGCGGACUAUCCAGCAUCCGGACUCUCAAGUAAAUCGCUUAUGUAUCACCCCGGACAAGCGCUAUCUGGCCGCCGCAGGUCACAACAAUGUCAAGUUGUACGAUAUCAAGUCCACUAAUCCCAACCCGGUUAUGACCUUUGAUGGCCAUACAAACAACAUAACCGGUGUUGCAUUUCACUGCGAAGGCAAGUGGAUGGUUACUAGCUCGGAAGACGGCACGGUGAAAGUGUGGGACACGCGCACCGGCAGUCUACAACGCAACUAUGCCCAUAAAGCCCCCGUCAAUGAUGUUGUUAUUCACCCCAACCAGGGUGAACUCAUCAGUGGUGAUCGCGCUGGUAUUGUCAGGGUUUGGGAUCUGGGCGAGAGCGUCUGCACUCAUCAGCUAAUUCCCGAAGAUGACGUUGCUGUACAAAGUGUCAGUGUUGCAAGCGACGGAUCUUUACUCUGCGCAGGGAAUAAGAAGGGCAAUGUUUACAUCUGGCGCAUGGUCCAAGAUGCGGAAUUGACUCGCAUCGUACCAAUGUGUACCUUCCAGGCUCACAAAGACUACCUCACCCGCAUACUUCUCUCCCCCGACGUCAAGCAUCUCGCCACAUGCUCAGCAGACCACACAGCCAAGGUCUGGAACCUCGAUCUCGACUAUCCCCCGGCCAAGACAGCCGCCGCGCAAGCCAAGGCCAAUGGCAAAGCCAUCACCUCGGAACCUACAGAGACUCCUUCAUCCCCACCUCCUUCAGACAGCCUAGUGAACACCCCAAGCAGCGAACAAGGCAGAGCCGACUUUAUCAACCCAUUCAGCUUCAUCAACGGAACCCCGCCGCCCACCAACGAGCCCCAGCAGACCUUCCCCGUACAACCCGAUGGCCCCCCAGUAGAUCCGAAUACCAACACCCUUUACCUGGAGACCACCCUAGCCAAUCACCAGCGAUGGGUGUGGGACUGUGCUUUCUCCGCGGAUUCAGCCUAUUUAGUCACCGUUUCGAGUGACCACUACGCUCGUCUAUGGGAGUUGGCUUCGGGCCAAGUUAUCCGUCAGUACAGUGGGCAUCACCGCGGGGCGGUGUGCGUUGCUCUGAACGAUUAUUCCGAGCCUCGGUGAGAGGUCCGGAGGUACGCACCGUUAUUGUCCGUUGUCAGUCAGUCUUCUUCAUGGUUAGCAUGGCGCCUGGGAUUGGGUGAAGCAUGGAGGCAUGUUGCCUUCUGCAUUGGAGUUCAGGCUUGUUUGUUCCCACUUGUAUUGUUUUGGAUGUCUACGAGUCUAUGGCAUGCUCACGUAUGUGGUAUAUCCAAUCC